AUGACCGUCUUAGUUGUCGUCAAACAUCAGGGUAAACGCUACGAAGUAGAGCUUGACCCGAGCUCAAAUGGCGAGACUUUCAAAUUCCAGCUAUACUCUUUAACCGGCGUUGAACCCGAACGACAGAAAAUAUUAGUCAAAGGAGGCCAGCUCAAAGAUGACACCCUCCUAUCUUCGCUCAAUGCCAAAGCGGGCCAGACAUUCAUGAUGAUGGGUACCCCAGCCAACGGAGAGUCCAACCUAGCAUUAAGGAAACCGAAGGAAGCAAUUAAAUUCUUGGAGGACAUGACUGAAGCUGAGGUUGCAAAGGCCGACGGCGCUACACCGGCUGGCCUUUCAAAUUUGGGAAAUACAUGUUACCUGAACUCCACACUGCAGACCCUGCGCCUCAUCCCCGAACUUCAGGAAGAGCUGCAGAAAUACAAAAGUACCGGACAAAAUAGCUCGAGCCCGUUUAAUUCAGGCUGGCCUGAUCUCACGGCCUCCCUUCGAGAUCUGUACAAACUGAUGUCACAAACUCAGCGGGGGUUUCCUCCAAUAAGGUUCUUAGAUUCCCUCCGUACUGUCUUCCCGCAAUUUGCACAACAAAGCAGGGAUGGGAAUGGCUAUGCACAGCAAGAUGCAGAGGAAGCUUGGUCCCAGAUUAUUUCACAACUUCGCCAACAUCUCAUGAUAAAGGAUGCCUCCGAUGGAAAAGACUCGAAAGCCGUUUCCUUUGUUGACAAGUAUAUGUCAGGGACAAUCAACUCUGUUUUAGAGUGCGAUGAGCAGGCUGCCAAAGAAGGCGGAGAGAUGGCAGUAGAAAGCUCUGACGUUUUCUUCAAGCUAAAUUGCCAUAUCGACAAAGAAAUUAACCAUCUUCACGAUGGAAUCAUGGCUAGUCUAGAAGAGAAAAUUGAGAAGCACUCACCUACCCUGGACCGAGAUGCUAUCUACACCAAAAAAACUCGAAUCUCGCGUCUCCCCAAAUAUCUCACCGUCCACUUUGUUCGUUUCUUCUGGAAACGGGAAUCGCAAAAAAAGGCAAAAAUUAUGCGAAAAGUCACAUUCCCGCAAGAAAUCGACGUAGUCGACUUUUGCACUGACGAGUUGAAGAAGCAGCUUAUUCCAGUCAGGGAUAAAGUCCGCGAGAUCCGAAAGGACGAACAGGACAUGGAACGUGCACGAAAACGCCAAAAGAUUGCUCAUAAACGUGAACAAGAAGAGAAAGAAGAAGAUCGUGCAUCUGAACCCCUUCAAAAGAAGAAAAUGGCCGAGUCAGCAACCGAUAAAAGCAGGGACAAGCCCGAAGAUAAGGAUGCUGCGCCAGAAGUGUUCAAAUCAGAUGCUGAAUACGAAGCCGAAAAGGCAGCCACCCUUUUACAGGCUAAGCAAGAGCUCUUUUCUCUUAUCAAUGAAGACCUUGCUAAGGAUGAAAGUACAAAUAAGUGUGGACUUUACGAACUACGGGGUGUUAUCACCCAUCAGGGAGCUAGCGCUGACAGUGGCCACUACACUGCCUAUGUAAAGAAGCAGGGCAAGGUCGUGGAUGGCAAGAGACGUGAAGAAGAUGGAAAUUGGUGGUGGUUCAACGAUGAAAAGGUUUCCGAGGUACCUGCAGAGAAUAUUGAAACACUAUCCGGAGGUGGUGAAUCACACUCUGCCCUGAUCCUUCUUUACAAGGCCAUCGACUUGCCCACUGCUGAUAUUCUUAAUGAGUGA